GGAGCGGGCGGCGCGAACCGUUGCUCCGGGCUUGGCCUCUUCCUUCGGCCGCCGGAGCGCGGGCCCCGUGUCAUCCUAGCCCGGCCGCUCGGAGCCUGGGGGCUGCAGCGCCCGCGGUGUUUCCAUGGUAACCUGGGGAGUAGCGCCCUGGGGAUCCCUUCACAGCCCCCGACCCUCCUUAGGACCCCUCGGGGCCGGGCCGCCGCGGUUCUGCGCCUCUGGCCGGCUCAUGCGGGGAAGGCAGCGUGUGCGGCCUUCCGCCCUUGGGGGGGGGGCUGGGGGCAGCGCGACUGGGCGGCAGCGUGUCCCCCGUCUGCGGGCGGUGAUCGAGCCUCCCCGCGAUCUCUGGUGGCACCGCGCGGCUUCAAGGGACCUGCGCUCCUCCUUGGCAUUGAACUAUUUCUUCACUGGGUGUACCAAGCCGCUGCGUGGAUCUGCUUAUUUCAGCUCCCCUGUGGCCCAUGUGUGUAAGAUCAAGUAUGCCCAAGAUAACGUUAAAUGGCAUUGCAGUGGACUUUCCUUUUCAACCAUACAGAUGUCAGGAGGAAUACAUGACUAAAGUGCUUGAAUGCCUCCAGAAGAAGGUGAAUGGCAUUUUGGAGAGUCCCACGGGUACAGGGAAGACAUUGUGCCUCCUCUGUGCCACUCUGGCUUGGCGAGAGCAUUUUAAAGAUACCAUCUCGGCACGGAAAAUUGCACAGCGAAUGAAUGGAGUGGAACUCUUUCCUGACAGACCCAUGUCGUCCUGGGGUGACGCUGGCAAAGAUGCUGAAAUCCCAGCUUAUUACACUGAUAUUCCUAAAAUAAUUUAUGCCUCCAGAACCCAUUCUCAGCUUACUCAAGUCAUCAGUGAGUUAAAGAGCACAGUCUACAGGCCAAAGGUAUGUGUUUUGGGCUCCAGAGAGCAGCUUUGUAUUAACCCUGAAGUUAAGAGGCAGGAGAGUAACCACGUGCAGAUCCACAUGUGCCGAAUGAAAGUGAUGGCUCGUACUUGCCAUUUCUAUAACAAUGUGGAGGAAAAGAGUACAGAGAAGGAACUGAUUAACUCCAUCUUGGAUAUUGAAGAUUUGGUUAAAAAUGGAAACAAGCACAGAGUUUGUCCUUAUUAUCUAUCUCGGAGCCUGAAGCAGCAAGCAGAUAUUAUUUUUAUGCCUUACAACUAUUUACUAGACUCAAAGAGUCGGAGAGCACACAACUUAGAUCUGAAAGGGACUGUGGUAAUACUCGAUGAAGCUCACAAUGUGGAGAAAUUGUGUGAAGAGUCAUCUUCUUUUGACUUGACUCCCUACGACUUGGCUUCAGCCAUGGAUGCUAUAAAUGUGGUACUGGAAGAACAAGCCAAAGUAGUUCAACAAAAUGAAAUCCGUGCUGAAUUCAAUAUGGAGUUUGCCAGCUCAGGGCUGAGCAUGGAGCUUGAAGAUAUAGCAAAGAUAAAGAGAAUUCUUCUUCAACUUGAAAAUGCUAUUGAUGCUGUGCAGCUGCCAGCUAAUGGAAAUGGAGUCACUAAAGAAGGGAGCUACAUCUUCGAUCUGUUUGCAAAGGCCCAGAUCACAUUCCAAACCAAAACCUCCCUCCUGGAGUCGCUGGAACAGAUUGAACAAUUUCUAUCAGGCCGUACUGGGAUAUUUACCAACACAGCUGGAUUACAUAAACUUUCAGACAUUAUUCAGAUUGUUUUUAGCAUUGAUCCUCCAGAAGGCACAUCCAGCUCCAUGCCAGUUCAGUCAAUAUCCAAGUAUUAUAAGGUGCACAUUCAUAUGGAUACCAGUAAUCAGAAAAAAACCCAGAGGACAGACCUAUGGAGUUCAUCAGUAACAAAAAAAGAAGGAAAGAUCUUGAGCUACUGGUGUUUUAGCCCCGGGUACAGCAUGCAUGAGCUGGUCCGUCAGGGAGUCCGGACAAUCAUUCUCACUAGUGGGACCCUCUCCCCACUCUCCUCCUUUACCAUGGAAAUGCAGAUCCCUUUCCCCGUUUGCUUGGAAAAUCCACAUGUUAUUGAUAAACACCAGAUCUGGGUGGGGAUAAUUCCCAAGGGACCAGACGGAGGUCUGCUCAGCUCUACCUAUGAAAAAAGGUUUUCUGUGGAAUGUCUAUCUUCUCUGGGGAAAACAAUAGGUAAUCUUGUGCGAAUUAUACCACAUGGGCUGCUGGUGUUCUUCCCUUCAUAUCCGGUCAUGGAUAAAAGCCUGGAAUAUUGGAGAGAGCAUGACUUUGCUAAAAGAAUAGAAGAAGUGAAGCCGGUGUUUGUGGAACCAAGGAAUAAAGGAACCUUCACAGAGAUCAUGGAUGCAUAUUAUGAUAAGAUUGUCUGUCCCAAGUCUAGUGGAGCUACUUUCUUGGCAGUAUGUCGGGGAAAGGCCAGCGAAGGCUUGGACUUUGCAGACAUGAAUGGACGAGGUGUUAUCAUCACUGGGCUUCCAUUUCCCCCUCGCAUGGAACCAAGAGUCGUUUUAAAGAUGCAAUUCCUGGAUGAAAUGAAAAGACAAGGUUCAGGGGCGCAGUAUUUAUCCGGGCGUGAGUGGUAUCGGCAGCAGGCUUCCCGGGCUGUGAACCAGGCCAUUGGCAGGGUUAUCAGACAUCGCCAGGACUAUGGUGCCAUUUUCCUUUGUGACCACAGGUUCGUGAAUAAUGAUGUAAGAUCCCAGCUGCCCUCCUGGGUCCGCCCUUAUGUCAAGGUUUACAACAACUUCGGGCAUGCAGUCAGAGAGGUGUCCCAGUUCUUCCGAAUUGCUCAAAAAAUCAUGCCCCCACCCCCAACACGGAGCUUCUGCCCUAGCACCAUAUGUGGAGGGGACCCGACAUCAUCCACGUCAUCUGGGCAGCCCCUGUCCCGGACAAAAGCCAAGAAUUUAGAUGACCAUGUUCCUAGUUUGAAGAGGAAGCGAAUGGGACUGCUGGGGGAUGGAGCAACCAGCCUGUGUGUGGAGUAUGAUCAAGAGCUGAUCUCAUCAAGGAAGCAGCCCAUUGGGCUCCUGGAUGCAUUGGAGCACAGUGAGAAGAGCAGUGAAGGGACAGAAGAUGACCGCUUGCCAGGAGAGGAAAAGGCAAAACGUUUAUCAACACUCUCGCUUCAGUAUGAGAAGAGGUUAAGAGAUGAGCAGAAAGGAGGAAGAAAGAAAAUAAAAAUAGUCAACGAUCUGCAAGCUGACAAAGUAGCAGACCCUGCUGAGCCAAAGAAGACCAGGGCCACAUUGUUCAUUGCAACAGUGAAGCAAGCUCUGAGCCAGCUACACUAUGAUCUCUUCUCAAAGGCUCUGCAGCAAUACAAGAGGACUGAUGACUUCAAAGCCAUGUUAUUGCAAAUGAGCUCUCUUUUCAUGGAGGACCAGAAAAAGCAUAUCCUGCUGCGAGAAUUUUACCAGUUUGUUCGACCUCAGCAUAAAAAGCAGUUUGAUGAAGCAUGCAGUAGUUUGACUGGAGUGGGCUGUGGCUACAAACCUGAGCACAGCCUCCUGCGGGAGGAGAGAGAGGUGUUGGCCAAGAAGACAGGGGAAAAGCAGUGUCUGCAGAAAACAGCAUUCUCAGAGGGUUCAUCCAGUCAGUUAAACUCCCAGCUACACCUGAACAAGGGAGGAUCCCACCUGACCUCUGGGCUGAAUAGUACAGGAGAAAAUCACACCCAUAUCCCUAAGGAGGACCCUGAAGAGGCAUCACACUCUGUCAGACAGGACCACCAUGAGCUAAUCAGGGCUACAUAUCUCAAUGAUCUGAAAAAUGCUUUGGACAAAAACAGUUACAGCCGCUUCUGUGCAGCACUAUCAGCAUACAAGAAGACCGAUGACUAUGAUGCUAUGGUGUUGGUGAUAGCUGCCCUCACCACCGAGAAGCCAGAGUACUUUCACCUCCUGCAACGGUUCUACAUGUUUGUACGUCCUCAUCACAAAGAACAAUUCAGGCAGAUGUGUAAAGACCUGACUGGAAUGAGCUGCAGUGAGGAGAAGAAGAAAUUGCAAUUGGAAGUGAAGGAGGCCAAGAGCCCUCUGAAUUUGGAGAAUUCAUGUUCCAAAGCAGAAAACUGUGAAACUCAGGAUAAAGCUGUCAGCCACACACCAGCUACUUUCAAGAGUGAAAUGCCAAGAAAAACCCAGAGCAAGAUUUUCUCCUUCUGCAGUAAUCAGAACAGGAAAACUGGCUUUCAAAAGACAGACACAUUGACAGGAUCCAGCAGCAUAAGAGCACCUACCAACCCACGCAGUUUGCAUGUCUUGCCCCUCAAUAUGGAGCCAGAGUGUGGAAGAUUCCAGUGCUCUAAAUGCAAAUCUGAGGAUGAUGUGCCUUUUAAAUGCCAGUUAUGUACCUUCACUUGCUGCAAAACAUGCUGGGAACAGUUCUUAAAGCACAGGUCUUGGGUCUCUUGCCCUGUUUCAUGGAGGACAUGUGAUUCUUCCACACAGACUAGGAUCUGGCUACACUACCCUGUGUAUACCAGCCACUUAUCCUGCAGGACCAACUGGUUUUCGAGCACCUGCGUUUCCUCCCUUCAGGAACCUGUGACCAGUGAUCCAGGAUUGCUAAAAGGUGCCCAGAAUGCCAAGCUACUACCAAGAGGAAGCAUUUAGCCCAGGUUUUUUUCCUGUCAUAACCUCCCUGACAAGGGGCAAGUACAUUACAUCAGCACUGGUUAAAGAGCCAGCAGAAAAAGAGAUUGGAAAAAGAAGCAGGGUGCACAUUCAUUUACGGACCCUUGAUCUCAGCUUCUCACAGCAUCAUUCCUCUCCUUGGCAAAACUCAUCAAUCCCCAAAGACCUCGCUUCCCACUUCUCUUUCAGCAAGAGGGGAAAGAAGCAAACAUUGUCCUUAGAAUUGUAAGGAAAUGGGGAUCUGCAUUUCUUAUGUGUUGAAUCAGCAGAUUCUUGUGCCGUUAUGGUCCUUUUAGGUUGAACUUUGACAGCCUGGAGGCGGUUUUUAGUAAUUGCCUUCUCUCAAAUAUUUACUCAAUCCUGGAAAAUUUCCCAGCAGCAGUAGUGCCACUGAAUCCCCUUUUCCAGGAAUACCACUUUCCUUUGGUGACUGACAGGAGCUGUUGCUGCUAGGGAUUUCAGAGAUGUAAGGUGGUGAAAGCCUUUUUAAAAAUCCAAUACUUUUUACUGUGCAUCUGUAGUACAGACCAAACUCAUCUUGUGCUUGUACCCACUUAUUUAUGCCUUCCCUGCCAAUCAGAAGCCUAUUUCCUAUAUGGCUAUAAGUGCUGAAUGUUGCACUGAGCAUGCUUCCAAAGAAGAUUUGGUUUCUUCUGAGGCACUUGCACACUCCUGUUGUGUCUGUACGGUUUCAUACUAAUGUUUUCAGAAGUGUAGCAGGGAGAGUGAAAGAACUAUUCAUGUUCUUUCAAAGUGAACGUACAAACUGAUUUGAAACACCAUCAAGUUGAAAAAGAGAAACACUGAUAUUUUCACUCUCUGACUGGGGAUAUUCAUGUUUUGCUAAUUUAAGGAAUUGUAUCAAUUUUAAAUCUUCAGUGGAAAAUCUAAAAUAAACUAAGUAAAAAUGAA